AUGACUGCUUCCGACCUUGAGCAGCUCCUUGAAAUGGGCUUUGACAAGGAGCGGGCGGAACUUGCAAUAUCAAAGACUGGAGGCCUCCAACCUGCCCUUGAAUGGCUCGAAGCGAACCAAGACAAAUCACUUGACGAAAUCAAAGCCACUACCGCCGAUACAACACAAGAUGAAGAAGGCCCGGCUCUCAAAGAAGGCGAAGAGCCUCGCAGUCUAGUCUGCAACGUGUGUGGAAAAAAGUUCAGGAGCCAUGCACAGGCGGAAUUUCAUGCGUCAAAGACAGAACAUGUUGACUUCUCUGAGUCCACCGAGGAAAUUGCCCCUUUGACAGAGGAAGAGAAGAAGGCACGCCUGGAAGAACUACGACAAAAGCUAGCUGCAAAACGCGCCGUACAAUCAGAGCAGGAUAAAGCUGAUAAAAAGAGAAACGAGGAAAUUCGCCGAAAACAUACCAAGGAAUCGCAGGAUAUUAAGGAAGAGUUACAGAAGAAAGAACGACUCAAGGAAGCUGCACAGAAGCGAAAGGAGAAACAAGAUGAGAUAGAAGCAAAGGCACGCAUUCGAGCUAAGAUAGCUGCGGACAAGGAAGAACGACGAUUGAGAGCCGAAAGGGAAAAGGCUGAACGAGCAGGUAAAGCUCCUCCACCGCAGCCUGCGGCGGCGCCUCUUCCAACCACGUCUGAUGCUGUAACUUCCAAGCCGGCUUCAGCGUACACGGAAACUCGCCUACGUCUACAGACAAGAAAAGGCAAUAUCUUGAAAACGUUCCCAGUCGAAACGACAUUGUUCGAAGUUGUUGCAGCGCUGAGCAAGGAUGAUGGAGUGGAUGUGCAAACUUUCACCCAAAAUUUCCCUCGAAAGACUUUCAACAGUGAAUACUUUGGGGAAUCGCUCAAAGAUCUAGGACUUAUCCCUAGUGCUAGCCUUGUAGCAAAUUGA